CGCAGCUUCCUGCCUAGCCUUCCCAGCUGAAGCACAGCGGGAGCCUAAGACGCUUCUCACCCCUCGAAUGUACUGAACAGCAUCACCUGCCUGCCCUCUCCCUACUUCCCCACUGCUACCGGCGCUGUCCGCCGCACCUGGGGCGGCCGCACCGCUUUUCCUGCCCGGUCCCGCCUCACCUGGGGCAGACGGCGCCGGGCUUGCCCGUGGGUCCGCCGCCUGCCUCGGAUCCGUGCUCAGGGCGACCUGCGCGGAGCUGCGCUCACCAUGCCCGGCCGGGGUCCAGCCCACCCCGGGGGCCGCGUUUGCUGAUGUAAUCGCCAAGCAGCCAGCGCUGAAAUUUAACACCGCGGCAGGCGGGGAGGACCGCCGGUGCCGGGGCAGGCGGCUGCAGCGCCGCUCCGCCGCCGGACUCCGCGGGCAGCCGCGGGGCUCCCCCGCCACCCAGCCCCUGGCGCACCCCUGGCCGGCCCACCCCCCGCCCACCCCCGCGGGCCGCAUGCGGGCCGCCCUCGGGCUUGCGCGCAGCUCGGCGGAGACCAGGGCCGGCGGGGUUUCAUGGACAGGAGCUGACCCUGCGGCGGCGCGGCGCUCGACUCCGGCUUUCCCUCGGAUCUCCGCUGCCCGAGCAAAUGCAUACAAAUGCAUUUGGGAGCCGAGAGGACAAGGCGAGGACGCAUCUCUCCCGCAGCACAAACGAAAACUGUCCUUUUCAUUGCAAUAUGUGUAGCUGUGGGUGUUGCUCUAGUACCCAAACAAGGAAUAGAUGUUCUUCAUCAACUAGGCCUUGGGGAAGACAUUCAACAGCCCUCAGAGACAACAGUGCCCUCAAAGUCAUCUCUCUUACCUCGGGGUGUUCGCUUAACUGUUUCAGGAGUUGUGCUAACUGGUGAUGCACACAUCGAGUCCCCUACUGUUCAAGUCAUACCAUCAAAUCUGGGACGUCAGUUCACUAUAUUGGUUGGAUUAUACUCUUACAGAGUAAAUAAUGCUUUCCUUUUCAGUGUUAGGAAGAAAAGUAGAUUGCAGUUUGGUGUCCAGCUGCUACCAAGAAAAGUAGUGGUGUACACUGGAUGGAAGCAGUCCGUAUACUUUGAUUAUAGUGUUCAUAAUGAACAGUGGCAUUCAUUUGCCAUUGAUGUUAGAGGCAAGACUGUCUCAAUAUUUGCUGAGUGUGGAAAGAAGUACUAUAGCAGAGAAGUGCUUUCUGAGGUGGAAAUAUUUGAUUUGGAUGGUUUAUUCACCCUGGGAAGGAUGAACUCUCACUCUGUCAGCUUUGAAGGAGUUAUAUGUCAGCUAGAUAUUAUUCCCUCUGCAGAAGCUGCUGCAAACUAUUGUAAAUAUGUGAAACAGCAAUGUCGCCAGGCUGAGACAUACCGAUCUCUGCUAGGAGCACCCUAUGUGUCAGGUGGGCUGGAUGGGUUUUCAAUGACUGGUGAGAAAAAACAGUCAGAAGAUGUGUCAGCUCAUAGAAGCAAAGAAGCCUCAGACAUCCCUGUUACCGGUGUUGUUCAAACUGUCUUUCUACCAGAAUGCUUUGAGUCGAGAAAUGUCUCUGCAUCAGAGUUUGCAGAGGCCAAGUCGCUGUUGCUGGAAGCCUGGCCUGAAGCAGAACUCCAUGAGAACAUCAGUCUGCCACCUGAUCAGCAAGCAAUGAGCAAAAAAAGAAGCCUCACUAAACUCCCCUCAGGAUCAUAUCCAAAUAUUUUAGAUAACCCCACAGAAGAUGUAGGCAGACAAAGUGAGCCUUCUCUGAUCUCUCCUGUAGGACAGAGUAAAACUGAAAACAAGGGAAUGGACAAAGCAAACCUGCAUAUAGAACAAUCAAGCAAAAGCCAGCAAAUCCUCAACACAACCCUGUACAGUUUGCCUGCUGACGUCUCUCUGGAUAAUCAGCUUGGUGCAGGGCAGGAAGGUGCAUUUGAUGCUGAUGAGACUUACCACAUGGAAAACAGUUAUGAAAUUAGUAUUGAUAAUUAUGGUUAUGACUACGAAGAUCUUGACAAAAUGUUUGACGUGCGAAGUGACAGAGGUCCAAAGGGGGAAACAGGACCUCCUGGUCCUCCAGGUCCUCCAGGUUUAGCUGGUCCACCGGGAAAGAGAGGUCCUCGGGGUAUUCCAGGACCACAUGGUAAUCCAGGUUUGCCAGGAUUGCCAGGUCCAAAGGGCCCUAAAGGAGACCCAGGAGUUUCUCCAGGUCAGGCAAAACGUGGAGAAAAGGGUGAUCCAGGCCCCUUAGGCUUUCCAGGCCCACCUGGGAUCAAAGGACAGAAGGGUCUCAAGGGUUUUCUGGGACCUCAAGGGUCACGGGGUGAGCAGGGAAUUCCAGGAGUGGCUGGCAGCAUUGGGAUGGUUGGUUACCCUGGCAGGCAGGGCUUAGCUGGACCAGAAGGUAACCCAGGUCCUAAAGGUGUGAGAGGUUUCAUUGGACCUCCAGGUGUGGCAGGACAACCAGGACCUGAAGGAGAAAGGGGCAUCCCAGGCAUCCAUGGAAGGAGAGGCCCUAAAGGGAGACAGGGCUUUCCAGGUGACUUUGGAGAUAGGGGUCCUCCUGGUCCAGAUGGGAAUCCUGGAAUUGUUGGUGGUGUUGGUCCUCCUGGAUUUCCAGGAUUAAGAGGAGCCAUUGGGCCAGCAGGACCAAGUGGACCCUCAGGAAUUCCAGGGCCCACGGGUCUCCCAGGGAGUGUGGGACAGCCUGGAAUGAAAGGUGAUAAGGGUGAACAUGGCCUUGCAGGAGAGCCAGGAGAACAAGGGUACCCAGGUGACAAGGGUGCUGUUGGUUUACCAGGACCUCCUGGGAUCAGAGGAAAGCCAGGACCCCAGGGGAAAAUUGGAGAUCCUGGAUCCCUUGGACCAUUGGGUCCUCCAGGACCUGAGGGUUUUCCAGGAGAUAUUGGUGUACCUGGAUUAAAUGGCCCUGAAGGUCCAAAGGGACUUCUGGGUGACCGAGGGCCUCCAGGGCCACAAGGCCCCAAAGGAGCUGAGGGAGAAGUAGGACCAGCUGGACCUGUCGGUGGAGUUGGCCCAAGAGGAAAGCCAGGACAUAAAGGUUAUGCAGGUGAUGCUGGACCAGAAGGUUUGAAGGGAGAACAAGGAGACCAAGGAAACAUUGGAAAAACUGGUGAAACAGCAUCAGCUGGCUUACCUGGAGAAAUUGGGCCACCUGGAAGCCUGGGUGAAAAGGGAGAGCGAGGCAAUCCAGGGCCAGUAGGCCCUCCUGGUGAGAAAGGUGUUAUGGGCUAUGCAGGACCUCCAGGAGACCCCGGACCUCUGGGGCCAGAAGGAUUACCUGGACCUUCAGGGACAAGAGGACCACCAGGGCCACAAGGACUUAAGGGAAGAAGAGGACCAAGAGGUCUAGAGGGUCCUCCAGGAGAACCAGGAACAGAAGGCAUUAAGGGAGAAAGAGGCAAUCCAGGAAAGAAAGGAGUUCCUGGACUCAUUGGUAAAGCUGGAAAUCCUGGAGAAAGAGGUGAUCAGGGUGCACUCGGUUUACUUGGGCCUCCUGGAACCACAGGAGACAGAGGACCAAUGGGAGAGCCAGGUCCAAGAGGACAACCAGGUGAUGCUGGCCCUAUUGGAGAAAUAGGGUUUGAGGGACCUCCUGGCCCUGAAGGAGAACCUGGCUUGCAAGGAGAACCAGGCACAAAGGGAGACACUGGACCUGCUGGGAAGGCUGGAGAACCAGGCAUCCAAGGUUUAAGGGGUGAACCAGGACCUCCAGGAGAAGAUGGUGUUCAAGGAAAAGAUGGCUCAAAGGGAGACCCUGGAGACCAUGGACUCUUUGGAGAAGGUGGCGAAAAAGGAGACAUGGGGUUACCAGGACUUGCUGGACCUCCUGGUGAGCCUGGCAUAAUGGGCAUUCCUGGCCCUGAAGGAACACCAGGAAAUCCAGGUCAGAGGGGCCGUUCAGGAAAGAAGGGUGAAAAGGGGCAGCUUGGACCUCCUGGAGAAAUUGGACCUACUGGAGAGACUGGCCAGCCUGGAGAAACUGGUCCCAAAGGUGCAAGAGGAACUCGAGGUCCCUUGGGACACCUAGGAGGAAUGGGACCUGAGGGAGAGUCAGGAAUUCCAGGCUAUGGGGGUCACCAGGGUCCUCCAGGGCCCUCAGGGUCCCCAGGACCCAAAGGAGAAAAGGGUUACCCAGGAGAAGACAAUACAGUCCUUGGACCACCUGGGCCCAUAGGUGAACCAGGUCCUAGUGGUGAACGUGGAGAUAGAGGAGAACCUGGUGAUGAGGGUUACAAGGGUCAUAUAGGGCUUCCAGGACUUAGAGGACCUACUGGACAACAGGGGCCUCCAGGAGAGCCAGGUGAAUUGGGAGAGCAAGGAGCAAAAGGAGAAAGAGGUUCAGAAGGGCCCACAGGGAAGAAAGGAGCAACGGGUCAGGCAGGCAAACCUGGAAUUCCUGGAAAACUAGGUCCAGCAGGGCAGAAAGGAGCAGUUGGGUACCCUGGACCAGAAGGCAUUCCUGGGAACCCUGGCAAGCCUGGGCUGUUAGGAAAACCUGGCCCUAAGGGUAAUAAAGGAAACUCAGGCUUACAAGGUAUGGCAGGUUAUCCUGGAGCACGAGGUCCCAAGGGAUUGCCAGGCAUGCCAGGGCCCAUGGGAGAACCUGGACUGAAGGGUGAGAAAGGACUUCUGGGUCAUCCAGGAAAGCAAGGAAAAAGAGGCCUUCCAGGAUCACAAGGUGACCAAGGACCAGCAGGAGACACUGGACUGAAAGGACAGCCUGGAGAAGAUGGACAUCAAGGCUUAAUGGGGAUUCAAGGAGUCCCAGGUCCAAAAGGCCCUGCAGGGGACAUUGGCUCAGUUGGAAUUCUGGGCCCAAAGGGUCCAACUGGCCAAACUGGAUACAUGGGCCCUGUUGGUAGAGAAGGCAUUACAGGCCCAAAUGGCAGGCUUGGACUGAGAGGUGAAAAGGGCACAAGAGGUGAAAUGGGGCCUCAGGGACCUCAAGGCCAGCCAGGACCACGCGGACCACCUGGACCACCAGGACUAACAAAAAGAGUGGACAUCAAUGCUGCUGUUCAAGCUUUAAUUGAGUCAAAUGCUGCACUGCAGAUGGAGAAAUACCAGAAUACUGAAGAAACUUUACUAGAUCACAGUACAGAGAUAUUCAAAACGCUGCACUACCUUAGCAACUUACUGCACAGCAUCAAGAACCCUCUUGGCACACGAGAUAACCCAGCACGCAUCUGCAGAGAUUUGCUUAACUGUGAACGUAAAGUGUCAGAUGGAAAAUAUUGGAUUGACCCAAACAUUGGAUGUCCCUCCGAUGCCAUUGAGGUUUUCUGUAACUUCACUGCAGGUGGUCAGACAUGUUUAACACCGUUGUCUGUGACAAAGCUGGAGUUCGGCGUUGGAAAAGUGCAAAUGAACUUCCUUCAUUUACUGAGCUCAGAAGCCACCCACAGCAUCACAGUUCAUUGUCUGAACACACCAAUGUGGCGAUUAAAUAAUGCAGGUGGCCAGAAAACACCUGUUAGCUUCAGAGGAUGGAAUGGUCAAAUAUUUAAGGCAAAUACACUACUUGAACCAAAAGUGCUUAUGGAUGAAUGCAUGAUUGAAGAUGGCAGCUGGCAUAAGACACAGUUCAUUUUUCACACUCAGGACACUAAUCAGCUUCCAGUCAUACAAGUUAAUGCACUUCCUCAUCUCAAACCAGGACAGCAGCACUUCAUAGAAAGUGGUUCAGUGUGCUUCCUUUAAGGCUUCUGUCCUGGGAUUUUUGGCAUCCACAUGGAAUUGGUGCAUAAAUCAAUUGCAAAAGUAACAAUGUAUUACAGGUAAAAUUACUAGCAAACUGAAGAAUCAUUUUAAACAGUGUUGGGUAAAGAACCUCAGGAAGAAAAGGACUUCCUCCAAAGAGAAAUGACAUUUAAAAAGAAAAGAAAGAACAAAAAGACUGUAACAGUUUUUCAUUUUACCAUUUUUUUCUUAGUGCUUUCUUGCAUAAUUUCCUGGAACUGAGUAUCUGAACAUGGAAUUUUUCAGGACAUCUGGUGUUCUUAGCAAUCUCUUGAACAGCACUGCAGAAAAGCCAUCCCAAGGAAAGCUGGAGACGUACAAUACUAAGGAGCAAUACUGGCUAAUGCUCCUAAAUGUGCAAUAGCUUAUAUACGAGAAGUGAAUUAUGCCACAGUACAAUAGGUCUUCUUAAGCAUUGUUUUACUAUAGUCCUUUGUGAACACAUACAUCUUAACAGAUGGCACACUACCUCUUCUGUAUUUCCUGUCCAUCUUGCCUUGGUGCUUUUCAUAACACAAGGUGCUUAUGGCCUUAACAGAGAGCAUUUGAGUCCCUUUUUUUUCCAGACUGUAUGUGCUGGUUACAUCAGGAUGUGUUUCUGUUGUAAAGGUACUUGUUUUAAAUUGUUGCUCACAUACUUCACUACAAUGAAAACAUUAUUUAUGUGGAUCUCUUGUUUAAAAUAUUUUUGUGUACUGUUUUGGAAAUGGUAUAUGAGAGACAGCACAUUGUAUAUGAUGCAUAUAUAUAGCCAGAACAGUUAGCUUUACAGCCAUUGUAAAAAUUGUUGUAGAAGAGCUACCUACAAUAGUUUUGAUUUUAGAUUCUGUAUUUCAGUUAACAUUUCUAAUGCCAAAGGCAUCUUAAGGUGAUACAUUGUGUAUAUAUUUUGUAACUUGUGAAAAAUAUCUACUACAGCAUGUCUUCUGAAUGGCUGCUGUUAAAUUAUAAUCAGCAUUUCAUCAGCCUAGAAAUUCCACUUUUGCAGACUUAUUAGAUCUUCUUUUGUUUAAAAAAAAAAAAAAGCCUAAAAUCUUAGGCUUGACAAUGUUACCAUCAGGAAAAAUACUCUUUAUAUGCCUCUAUUAUCAAUCCAAAGGCAGUACCAGACUAUAUUGGGGAGUAUUGAAGUGUUCAAACACUUGUUAAACUGUCUUCAUCCACAGGAAACACGCUUACCAAAGUAUAAUAAAAGAAGCUUCCAAGCUA